AUUGGAAAGUUGUUGGUAAUUCGAGCUUGUUUGGAAGGGUGUGCAGAAGUUGGGUAGUAUGAUGUGUGAGUGUGUAGGCAUUCGGCCUCCUCCGCACUGUCAGAUAGUUUCUUGCGAAAUUCAGUUCCUGCAAGGGAGACGGCGAAAGUGGAUGGCUAUUUAGAGAGUGGCCAAACAAAAGUUCGAGACUCGAACACCUUUUACACUUUUAUUAUCUUCUUCUGCACGUGUACAACGUGAAUUGAUGUCUAUGCCUUUUUCGAAGGGGGCUGUUUUAAAGAGAGAAAAAUAAUAAGGAACUUCUUUGAAAUCUAACGAUAGUCCUUUGCACUGAAUUAAGAAAAACAAAGACAACCAGUUGAAUCAAUGGAAACCUGGAAAGAAAUGAAGAAAAUCGAUAAUUAGAGGAAAUUUUAUUCCAUAAAGUAAACCGAGGAGGCCAAACUUGGAAAUUAAUAUUUUUCUGAUGCUGUUAUUACUUUGGCAGCCCUAAAUUAUGGCUGUAGAGGAAAGGGCUAAAUACAUUUUUGGAGUUGCUGAUAGUAGCAAAGAAAGUGCAGAUAUUUGUGUGGUCGGCGAUCAGAGAACGGAGACAACGACCGAUGACAACAAUCGCAGCAGCAUUUACAACAAACACGGCAGGCAUUUUACGAAGAAUGCCAGGCGAUUCCCUCAUCUGCUGAUGUCUUGCAUUCUCAUUUUUUCCAUCCUAUGUAUACUGUCCACACAAGUACAUGCCAUCAGUUCCCGUCAUCGCCAACACCGAAAACAUCGGCACCAAACUUAUUCCCCAAAGUACAAAGAUCGACGCCCUGCUACGCCUGUGGUUGGGGUUGAUGGAAUUGAUAUUAUUAAAGAAAUUGGGAGGCAGUCUACUAACCAGACUGUGAAAAGAGUGUCUUUGAGGGCAGUGCAGUUAUCUGAAGGUUUCCAUGGCAGAAUAAGUCGAAAAUCAAUGAAAAGUCUUCUGAGGAAAUCUAGCAGAACAUUUUCCUUGUUGUUGUAUGGUGACAUUUCAGCAAGUGAUGGCACUCAAGCCACUUUAAUAAGUGUACAUUCUGAAGGAAGAGAAUUGCCAUUGUUGCAGGUCUUGUUAGACACUUCAAACCAGUCUUUGAUUGUUCGGUACCAAGGUGAAAGAUCUUACCAACGUAUUAAUAUUCAUGGAUUCAUUCCUAUGACAUCUGAAGACAUUUCUGAAAUACAAUCGCAUCCAAAGAGUCCCUGGGACCAGUUGCUGUUUACUUUCGGUCUUAAUGAAUUACGCAUUGUGAUUGACUGCUUCCCAGAGAAAAUUAUUCCUCUCCGUCAGAAAAUGGCUAUUUUUGAUGGCCAUAAAUUAUUUUUCUUUGGCCAUGAUAAAAAGAAGAAAAAUUAUUUAGAGGGUUUGGUUUAUAAGGCAAAACUUUACAAUCAUAUUAUUAAAGGAUUUCCUUGGACUUGUCCCAAAGCCAAUUCUCUUCAAGCCGAUGACAGUGGUUUCAGUUCUCUGACUUUGACUGAACGUGUGGCAACUCUGCAGAGGCAAGUGGAACAGCUGGUUGUUGUGGUUAAUUCUAUUCAGCUCCAGAACACUAAAAUGGCACAGCAUAUUGCACAACUGGAAACCUGUGAAUGCCUCCCAAAAUGUACGUACAAUGGCAAAACGUUUGGUGACAAAGAAACAUGGCAACCAGACACCUGUACUCUAUGUCACUGUCAGGAAGGAAAACCUGAUUGCAAAGUGAGGGCUGAUAUUCCUGGUUGUUCAGAGCCAUGUAGCAGUUCACCUUGUAAACAUGCUGGAUCAUGUGUUGGAAACGAAUCAAAUGGCACGUUCAAAUGUCUAUGUCCAGCACCCUUCAGUGGUACUCUCUGUGAAACCUGGAUCAAUCCUUACGUCUGGCCUGCUGACCCUGGAUACUGCCAUGAAACCUAUGAAGCAUAUUACUUUGAUCGUAAUAAAAACCAAUGCCUUGUAUUUAAUUACACAGGUUGUGGUGGCAAUGUAAACAAUUUCAAAUCAUUGGAAGAAUGUCAGAAGAAUACCCUGUUUGGUGCUUGCUGUAUUUACCAAUAUUCUAUAAAAAGAGAAGACAUAAUAAAGGGAAGGCAAUCUGUCCAGAAAAGCUGUCAGGUUCUGAGUGUGUCUGCUUGCAGAAAAUUUCACAGACAUUCAAAUAAUCCAUAUGAAGAACAAGAAGUUGUUGGAUUCUAUCCAGGAUUAAGCUGUGAGGAUGCCAGAUACCCACUUAAUAAUUCAAAUCCAGUCAUUGUCAAAGAAAAAUUUUGUCAUCUCCUUGGACAUAGUCAAAUUGAAGUUGGCAAAGAAAUAACAAUAGGUUGUAAAAACUGCAUUUGUAUGCCUGGUGGAAAAUUGAAGUGCAAAUGUUCUGACUUAAUUCUUCGCAAAGAAAUUCGAGAUUUCACCUGGGAAGAGAUGGCCAAACUGCAGCAGGCUAUUUCCCAGCUUCGUUUGUCAGGAAUAGACAAUAUCUGGAAUAAAUACAGAGACCUCUACAUGGUUCAUCACAUGCAUUCACAUGGUGGGGCAUUCUAUCUUCCAUGGCAUCGCCAGUUUUUGCAGCUUGUUGAAUUGCAACUGAAAGAGAUAGACUGCCAUGUUACCUUACCAUAUUUUGAUUUCACAACUGAUGCUGCUAACUUCUCAGAAGCCAUCAUCUGGCAGCCCAAUUUCUUUGGAGGAGAUGGAUGGGGAUGGUGUGUUCCAGAUCAUGCUUUUGGUGACAGUAAUGCUUGGAAACCAUGCCUGAAAAGGAAUUUCAGCCAUAUUGUUGAGGUCCCAACAAUGCUUGAUGUUGCUGCUGCCAUCAGUAAAACAGAUUUCAUGGAAAUGAGUGAACUUCUGGAGACAUUUGCAGCGUAUAUCCAUUCCUUUGUUGGUGGUGAUAUGUCAACGACUGCAAUGGCUUACGACCCUCUCUUCUACAUCAUUCAAACCUACAUUGACAGAUUGUAUGCCACCUGGCAGAAAAUGGGCCACAACAAAUUUAAAUUCCCAGCAGCCUAUGGAAAUAUUCCAAUGGUUCCAUUCAAUACGGCACCAUUGGAUGUUCUUGAUCUAGAAAAUGACCUCUGUGUGACUUACAGUCCUCCAGGAAAGGGUCGACCAUGCAACAAAACUGUUCAUUUGCAUGUGUCAGAGUUAAGUGCUGUUGAGAAAAAUCCUAAUAUUCAUGUGAAAAUCAUAAGUAGAUCUGGUUAUGAUCAGUUUGGUUACAAUUCCAGGGGCUUUGACCGUAGAGGCUUUAAUAAAUUUGGAUAUAACUAUCAUGGUGUUAACCGAGAGGGAUUUGAUCGAGAGGGUUAUGACUUGGCAGGAUAUAACCGGUAUGGAUUUGAUCGUGAUGGUUAUGACCGGGAUGGUUUCAAUGUUUCGGGCAGAGAUCGUGAUGACAAGUUGGACACUUCUCUUAUUUUUGAGAAACAAUACUUACCACAUAGGCAUUGUUUAAACAGGAAAGGUCUUACUAAAGAUGGCUUUGACCGAUAUGGUUUUGAUAUCUAUGGAUAUGACUUGGAAAACUGCAAUUAUUCCUUUAAGGGACCAUUUACUACACUGUUGAUGCAUCGUGUUUGGGAAAUUCUUCAUACCCAAUCGCAUGAAUUUCUUGUAACUCUGACUAAAACCUGUCAACCUUUGAAACAACUUCCAAAUGUUUGGUAUAAGCAAUUUUGGAUGGAACCCCAUGAAGCAUUUGUGGUAGAUUUGAUCAAGUCGGAUGUCCCUCUUCAGUCGGAGAGCAACAUUUUGUCUCAAAGAAUUUGUUUCUCAAUUGAACCAUACGUGUCUCCAUGUCCUUGUAAUCGAGUUACGACAUGUACCAUCAAUCUCUGUUUGGAUGCUGAAUGUCCAAGCUAUCCCCAAGCCAAUUGCUUUGUUGAUGUCUGCAACGAAUGCUCGCCAGUUUGGUACUUGAAAGGAAGGAUUGUUGACUGUGAAACGGUCAGAGAUUAUUGUCAUCCAAAUCCAUGUCAACAUGGUGCUACAUGCAUCCAAUCGGUGUGGCCUGCAGAACCUUGGUUAGUUUCCUGUAAAUGUCCACCCGGUUAUGAAGGUGAUCAUUGCCAGUACAAAUCAAAAGAAAUUUGUUACCUUCCUUUACAGAAAGGUUCCUGUUCAAGGAAUGUGAGUCGUUGGUACUUUGACUUCCAUCGAUCAAAAUGUGUCCAGUUUGAUUAUUCUGGUUGUGGGGGCAAUGCUAAUUUAUUUGAGACACUUACAGAUUGCCAGAAAAAAUGUGUUGUUGGUGCUUGUUGUUACCGGCAGCAACUUAAUCCAGCAGUUACCAUUGGCUUUGGUCCUGAUGGCUAUGAUAAAUAUGGGUUUAAUGCAAAAGGUUACAACCAGUUAAGGAAAAUAUUCAAUGCAAAAACUGGGAUGAAGAUGGGAAUCAACAGAUUCAAGAAGAAUGGCUAUGAUUGGCAUGGUUAUGACAAAAAUGGAUUCAACUCUGUUGGUUAUGAUAGAUUAGGCUACAAUUCUGAAGGUUACGAUCCGUUCGGAUUCAACAUGACGGGAUAUAGCAGAGAAGGUGAGUUUGAUGGCAUGAUCGACUAUGAUGAUGAUGGCUACGAUGAAGAAGGUUACAACAGGGCAGGGUUCAAUUGUGAAGGUGUUAACCGAGAUGGUUUGGAUAUUUAUGGACGUCAUGCUGGCUUCAAGUAUACUUGCAUGAGAACCACAAGGAAAAGGUGUCAACAUUUGGAAACCGAAGAUGAUGUUCAAAUUGUUCGUUUUUCUCCAGGAAAAAAAUGUGAAGAUGUCAGUUGCAAGCCAAAUUGUAUGUGUUGGUUUAAUAAUCAGUUCCAUAGGAUUUGGGACGAUUUCAAUGUAGGCUGUGAGAAAUUUCAGUGUCACUUGGGAGGGUUUUCAGAAAUGAAUUCUUGUCAAAAACAUUUACAACGCAAAGAGAUUCGUGACAUGAGUUUUGAUGAAAUAAAGCGUUACCAACUUGUCAUCCAGAAUCUACAGCAUGAAAAAAGAAAUGGUAAAUCUGUGUGGUUUGAAUUUGCUGAAAUGUAUUCAGAAUAUAUUCCUCAAGCUUCAGGAAAUCCUUUAUUUUUGCCAUGGCAUCGCUACUUUUUGUUUAUGGUUGAAAAGUUGAUGCAAGAUGUUGAAUGUGGUGUUGUGAUCCCAUAUUAUGAUUGGACCCUUGAUAUUGGUGUCUUGAAUAAAUCGGUUAUUUGGUCAUCAAAAUUUUUUGGUGGUAAUGGUGAAAAUGGAACAGACUGUGUCAGAUAUCAUCCGUUUAAGUCUUAUCAUCCACCAUAUUGGGCACCUUGUCUCCGUAGACACUUCAAUUCUUCAGUACAUCUUCCAGACGCAAUUCAUGUUUACUUGGCUUUACAGGAAAGUACCUUUAGUGAUUUCUCAGCUUACAUGGAAUCAAUGCUGCAUCUUUUCCAGAUGUGGGUUGGAGGCCACAUGGACUCACCUCUCAGUGCUUACGACCCCCUUUUCUAUUCACAUGUAGCUUUUAUUGAUAAACUCUGGGAUGAUUGGCAGAGGAGUCAUAAAAAAGGUUUGCUGCGAUUUCCUCCUAAUUUUCGAUAUGUUCCUAUGGAACCUUUCAAAGUUACUCCUGAUGAUGUAUUAGAUUGCAAAAAACAAAUCUGUAUAACCUAUCUGAAUUUACCAUUUGGAUCACCAUGUAACCAGACCAAAAUAAAGACCUAUGGAUAUGAUAGUGAUAGUUAUGAUCGUCAUGGCUUUGAUAAAAAUGGUUAUGAUAAAGAUGGAUUUGAUGUACAUGGAAUAAACAUUGAUGGCUAUAUUGAUCUCAGAGGAAUAUAUAAUAAUGAGGGAUUUGACAAAGAAGGCUUUUCUCGACAAGGUUUUGAUAGUAUGGGCUACGACAGAGAUCUUUUUUUCAAAGAUGGUUACAAUUCUGACGGCUUUGAUGUUGCUGGCUAUGACAGAUCUGGUCAUAACAGAUAUGGUUUCAGUAGAAUCAAAACGAAUGUCUUCAGUGAACAUGUCUCUACAUUCAGAAAGAAUGAGUUCAAUGAACUUGGAUUAAAUAACUUGGGUUUUAAUAACAAAGGGUUUGACAUUUUUGGUUUUGACAAGGAUGGAUUCAAUCGCUUUGGCUGCAAUUACUAUUUCAAUGGCCCGUUUUAUAUAAUCAUAUACCAGUCACUUAAAAAUAAACUUAGCGAGAUAAAAUCCAUGCAUUCUUUGAUAAAUAUUCCAAGGUUGUGUUCUGCAGUGUCACAGCUUCCUCAGUGGAUGUAUAAAGUUUAUUGGUUGAACCGGCAAAAAAACAUUCCAGAAGUUUUGGCAAUAAUGGCUCUGGACAGACUGAAAAAUCCUUAUUCAUUUGAUGAUGUCUUUGACAAAAUUUGGGUUCCUCCUGUUCCUGAUCCGAGGUUUUGUUUGGAAACAAACUUCUUUUCAAAAUGUCCCCUGGGUCAUGCUCCUGUCAAAUGUUCAUCAGAUUUGUGCUUUGAUACAAUUUGUCCUGGUAUAUCUGGUGCCAUCUGCCGAGUGAACUAUUGUGGGACCUGUUCUGUUGAAUGGUAUGAUGCUCACUCUGGUGAUGUUGUAGAAUGCCAAGGUUGUAAAGAUGAACACAAUCGACAUAGACCUGAUAAAACAUCCUGGAUCAACUCUGAGUGCAAUAAUUGUACCUGUAAGUCAGAUUUUAUUGACUGUCAGCCUGUGCUCUGCCCUGAGGUUUCAUGUCUCUUCCCUGCCACAGCUACAGGGGAAUGCUGUCCAAGUUGUAAAGUUGGCUGUAAUUAUGAUGAGAAUUUCCAUGCCUUGAAUAGUUCCUUCACUCCUUCCACGGACCCCUGUCAAACAUGUUCUUGUCAGAAAGGCAAUGUGUUCUGUGAGGAAAAAGUGUGUACUUCUCUUGAUUCUUGUCACACACCUGUUGUUCUGGCUAACGAAUGCUGUCCUACUUGUAUGGACUGUGGUCAACAUCCCAAUGGCUCUCAAUGGAUGGAAGGCCACUGCCAACAUUGUGUUUGUUUGAAUGGCACUGCCAAAUGUGAGCAAAAGGUGUGUCCAUCAAUUGAGUGUAAAUACCCGGUACUUCCUGAUGGAGAAUGUUGUCCUCGUUGUCAUGACUGCCUGGUUGAUGAGAAAAUAGUAUUGAACGAUGAUGUCUUCACACUUUCUGGAAAUGGAUGCCAAGAAUGUUACUGUAGCCAAGGGGAUAUACUGUGUAAAACAGUCGACUCCUGUGAUAAACUUGAUUGCAGGAAUGUCAUAACACCAAAAGGAAAAUGCUGUCCUCAGUGCAAAGGUUGCAAAGAAGACCACAUGAGUUACAGCUAUGGAGAUAUUGUACCAAGCAACAAUACCUGUACGAAUUGCAUGUGUAUUGAAGGUAUUGUGCUCUGCAGGGAGAAGCAAUGUCCCAAACUGGAGUGUCCACGUAGCAGAAAUAUUACAGGACAGUGUUGUCCCCAGUGUGAACCCUUCUGCGAAUUCAAAGGUACAGUAUUCAGUGAAGGAGAAACAGUUAAGGACUCCAACGAUCCUUGUUUACAGUGCAGUUGUCAAGUGAAAGAAGAAAUCAAUUCUGUGGGAGAACAUCAUUUAGUCCCCAGCAUACAAUGUUUGUACAUAAAAGACCAGUGCAAACCUACCGAAUGUAGUCACCCUGCAAGGAUGCCAGAUCAAUGUUGUCCUGUCUGUGAAAACUGUUAUUAUUUAAGGAGGAUCUUUUACAAUAAUCAAAGCUUUACAUUACCUGAUGGUGACCCUUGCAAAGUGUGUACAUGUAAGGAUGGAAAAGUUUCAUGUAAAAGAAAGCAAUGUCCGUUUUUAAAUUGUUCAAAUCCUAUGCAACUUCCAAACCAGUGUUGUCCAGUCUGUGAAAGUGGUUGUCAUUCGGAAAGAGGUUCUUAUUAUUUAGAAGGACAAAACUUCGAUGACCCAGAAGAUGACUGUCGCACAUGCAUCUGUUUAAACAGACAGAUUAUUUGUAGAGUUAAAGAAUGCCCUCCAAUCUCAUGUUCUCACCCAGCUCGAGAAACUAACCGCUGCUGUCCAACUUGUGAUUUUUGUGAAUAUGACCGGAGAAUCUUCCGAGACAAGCAAAGAUUCUUUGACCCUCGACUUCCAACAAGAACAUGUGAAUGUUUGGCUGGUUCCGUUGUCUGUGAUGCAGAUGGUUCAACUUGUUCAUAUGAAGGGAAAACUUACAAAGAAGCCGAGGUUUUCUUAAGCCAUAACGAAUGUGAAGAAUGUAUCUGUCAAAACUCCCAAGUCACCUGUCAAUCAGUCUCUUGUCCUGAUUUGCAAUGUCAGCAUCCGGCAAACACUGAUGGCUGCUGUCCUUCCUGUUACAAUUGCACAUUCUCUGGCAACAACUUCCAAAAUAAAGAAGUCUUUCAGAACCCACAAGACACUUGCAGUACUUGCCAAUGCCAAGAGGGCACAGUUGUAUGUAAUAAGAAAUUCUGUCCAACUUUGCACUGCACUCAUCCCAACCAAGAGCCUGGAGAAUGCUGUCAGUCAUGCCAAAACUGCAACUACUUUUCCCAGACCUAUAGGGAUAGCAAAGUAUUUGCCAACCCAGAGAAUCCUUGUGAAACUUGUCACUGUGAGAAAGGAUCAGUGAGAUGUCAGACAAGUCAGUGUCCCCCAGUCUCAUGUACUCAUCCUUCAAAACAAAACACUUGUUGUCCUAAAUGUGCCAGUUGUGAUUUUGAUGGGCAUGAGAUUCAGGACAGGCAAAAGUUUGCCCAUCCGGCUGACGAGUGUCAAAUUUGUGAAUGCAUGGAAGGCAGUGUGAUAUGUACUCAGAAAGAAUGUCAGCCAGUCACCUGUAAUAACCCAGUUAUUAAUUCUUGCUGCCCAGUUUGUGCUGACUGUCUUUAUGAAGGGAGAGCUUUAAGAAACCAACAGAGGUUUGCUCACGAAACGGACAGUUGUCAAAUAUGCCAAUGUCUUGAUGGAAAUAUUCACUGCACUGUUGAGAAAUGUCCUGAUGUGGAAUGUACUCAUCCUGCUAAGAAACACUGUUGCAAGGAAUGCCACGACUGUUCAUAUAAUGGAACUGAAUAUGGUAACAACAUGGUCUUCCGAGAUCCAAUCAACCCGUGUCAGAGAUGUAUCUGUAAAGAUGGAAACAUUAAUUGUCAGGAAAGGCAAUGUCCACAAGUUCAGUGUCAGAACCCUAAUAUUAUUGACUGCUGUCCUGUUUGUGAGGAUUGUGUCUAUAAUAAUCAGGUCAUUAAAAGUGGAAGGACUAUUCCGCACGAACAAGAUGAAUGCCAGGUGUGUACCUGCCAAUCAGGCGAUCUCCAUUGUACCAGAAAGGGUUGCAAAGAAGUGACUUGCUCUCAUCCUGUGUCUCGAAACUGCUGCCAGGAAUGCUCUGACUGUAAAUGGAAUGCAACAUAUGUGGUCAGCAAUGGUGGUCAAGUUUUGGACGAAUUACAAUGCAAAAUCUGUGAAUGCCAUAAUGGUGAUUUGUAUUGCGUUGCAAAAGACUGCCCUGUAACAAGAUGUUCACAUCCAGUCAAACAGAAAUGUUGUUCUGUGUGUGAUGACUGCUUUGUAAAUGGUGAGAUAAUACCAAAUGGGAAACAACAACAAAUUGGAGAGGAUAAUCCGUGUCGUGUUUGCAAAUGUCAGAAUGGUUCUUUUGAAUGCCACUCAAAAUCCUGCCCUCAACUGAGCACUUGCACCAAUCCUGUGAUCCGUGACUGUUGUCCGGAGUGCUUUAACUGCAUGUAUGGAGGUCAGGAAUGGCUGAAUCUUAGUAAUUUUACUGAUCCUCAAGAUAUGUGUGGAGAGUGUUUAUGUGAGGAUGGCAAUGUUAGUUGCCACAGGAUGUCAUGUGCCCAGCCGGACUGUGAUAACCCAAUAAGAGUGGCUGGACAGUGUUGCCCUGCUUGCCCAGAUGCUUGUGAAUAUAAUGGACAAGUUUAUGAAAAUGGUGAAAACUUUGCUGAUGCUUCAGACCAGUGUAGAGAAUGUGCCUGUCUUGCUGGCCAUGUCAACUGUUCCUCACUACAGUGCAAUCCUGUGACCUGCACUCAUCCUUCCACUGAUAAAUGUUGUGAUGUGUGUUAUGACUGUGUCUAUGAAGGCAACUCCAUAUCCAAUGGCCACAGCUUUAAGAAAGAUGCAUGCCAGACAUGUACAUGCAGGGAUGGUAAUGUGAUUUGUAUUAAAGAAAGCUGCCCUCCACUUAAUUGUCCCUUGGCGGAAAGAUUACCAGGACAAUGUUGUGCUCAGUGUCAAGAAUGUACUUAUAAAGACCGUUCUUACAAGAAUGGAGCAAUGUGGUUCUCAGAUGACGACCCCUGCACCUCUUGUAUCUGCCAUGAUGGUUCCGUUACAUGCUUGGAACUCCAGUGUAUCGUGCCAUGUUCCAAUUACGUUGAAGAACCAGAUCAAUGCUGUCCUGUGUGUCCAAGCUGCACCCAUCAGGGCAUUACUUACCAAGAAGGAGCCCAGUUCAAUUUGAAUAGCGACCCCUGUGAACCUUGCAUUUGUGAGAAUGGAAAAUUGAAAUGUGCUCGACUAUCCUGUCCAGACAUGACAAUGUGUCCUGAAUUUCUGUUAGUUGACCCACAACCAGGGUUUUGCUGUCCAACAUGUUCUGGCUUUUCUACACAGUGUACUGCAGAACAUGUUGGUGAAAUAACUCAACCAAAGCCAGAAGAUCUAUGUCUCCAUUGCAAAUGCGAGGAAUCCCUGAGUUGGGUUUGUUUCACGGAUAUCUGUCCAGUGCCAACAUGUCCACUUUCUCUUCAAAAGCGAGUUGAAGGAACCUGCUGUGCCAUCUGUCCUGCUUGUUACUAUGAUUUAGAAGACAAAUUUUAUGAAGAUGGUGAAACCUGGAAAGAUGUUGACAAUCCGUGUGUCAUAUGUCAAUGUAUUGAACAAAGAAUCCAAUGCAAUAUGCAGGAAUGUCCAACAGUAAAUUGCAGUUUUGGAGAAGAGAAGACAAGAGUGGACGGCCAAUGUUGCGAAACUUGUAUUCCAGCCAAUACUACAGCUUGUUUUCACAAUGGUCAGACAAGACGAAAUGGAGAAAUAUGGUCUGUAGAUGAAUGCACAAAGUGUGCAUGUGUAGAAGGCCGACCCGCUUGUAAUACUCAAACAUGUCCACUAUCUGCAAAUUGUGAUACUGAAGAAGAACCUUUCGUGAGACCUGGAUAUUGCUGUCCCACAUGUCUAGCCAAACCUUCCACUUGCAUUCUCUAUGGAAAUAAUCAUUACAGAACAUUCGAUGGUGCCAACAUUCAUUUCCAAGGAGCAUGUAAUUAUAUUAUGGCAACAAAUUGUGUCAACAAUGACUUUAUGGUGGAGGUUCAGCAUGGAAGUUCCUAUGGAACAUCACCUCAGAAUCUCACUGUCAGAUUUGCUGGGUUGGAAAUUAAUUUAAUACCAAAUAAUGGCAUCACUGUUGAUGGGGUAUAUACUGAGCUACCAUUUGGACACAACAAUGAUGUUUUUGUAGAGAAAAUUGAUAGAAAUCUACUUCUUCAGACCAGCACUGGAAUGAAGUUAGUGUGGAAUGGGGAAGGUUUUGUUGAGUUACAUAUCUCACAAACUUACCAAAGAAAAACUUGUGGCCUCUGUGGAAAUUUCAAUGACUCCCCAGAUGAUGACUUAUUAACCACUGAUGGCAAGCAGACAAGUUCACAUGAUAUCUUUGCAAACAGUUGGAAGACAAGCAUUCAACCAGAAGAAAGCUGUGAAGAAACUGCAAACGUACAUCCAUGCAGUGAAGUCAGUCCUCGAUUGAAAACUCUAGUGGAAUCUAAAUGUGAUAUUAUCAAAAGUUCUGUAUUUUCUAAAUGUCACAAAGCAGUACCUCCUGAACCAUUCUAUUUCUCUUGUGUUCAUGAUAUGUGUGCCUGUACUUCCAAAUCAGAGUGCUUGUGCGAUAUAUUACAGAUAUAUGCACAUGAAUGUGCUAAGACUAAUAUCAGGCUGAACUGGAUAUCACAGACAAACUGCCUGUCCAACUGUGAAGAGGAGAAAGGCUUUAUAUUUGAUGAUUGUGCCUCCCCCUGUCAGCGAACCUGUGACAAUAGUGAUUCGAAUGGAAAGCCUUUAAACAGUUGCUUUAAGCCUUGCGUAUCAGGUUGUCAGUGUCCAUCCAGUAAAGUGCUGCAUGAUGGCUAUUGCAUUAAAGCCAGUGAAUGUCCCAAAGAUUAACCAAGAAAGAGAGAGACUUUUCAGAUUUAACCAGAUUAUGGUAAUCUCAUUUUUUUAGUUCCCAUCUAAUUUAAUUAUGUGGCACUUACUACUAAUGCAAGUUUUAAAUUAACCCUCUCACAAAUGUGCUAACAGCCCCCUUUUAAGUAUGUCUUCAAUGAGUUUUUAAAUCAGUGUUUUCCAGGUGUUCAAAAAAGACAAGUUCAUAUUUAUAAAGAUGGUUACAUUGUUAAUUUUUUUAACCUUGUUUUUUUAAUAUAUAAUUUUUGAAUUUUUAGAAUAACUUGAAUAAAUACUUUUGUGAUCUGAA